AUGUCACCUACUCCUGGUGCGUGUUCGUUGGCCGGGUGGUCGCUGGACGCCGAGACCCCGGCCGCCUGCUGGCCUGCUGGCCGGGUGGUCGCUGGACGCCGAGGCCGAAGCCUGGUAGGGCACGCCCCGGGUCACCCCGAGGCCCAGCAGACUGAAGCCGCGAUCGGGCAGUCCUCGGGCGGCCCUCCUCCUGCGCUGACCUGUGGAUUUCCACAGAUGCGGGAGCGACCCGGCAUGGCGAGGGAGAGAGCAGCGUGUGAGUUACGGAAGAACGCAAUGCAGGGUACCUGCUGCACACACCCCAGCUCAUCUCCCAGGAGCUACAAGCGCAGACCCCGAAGACAGCAAGAGGAAGACUUACCCAGGACGUCUGUCCCGUGGAGCACCAGGAAGGCAAGAAUCCUUGGGAUAAACGUUGUGAACAAUUACCAGGAAAAUCCCAUAGUGCAAAAGCUCAGUGGCAGUGCUGGCCUCCUUCACGUGACGGAGAAUUCCUACAAAUAUGAGGAGCGUCGGCGUGGACACACCUUGAACCAAGUCCCGAAUGUCAAGGGCGUGACUGCAGUCAGUUCCUACGAAUGCCACGAGUGUGGCAAGGUCUUCACGAAUCAUCCAUCGCUUAAGGUCCACAUCAGCUCUCACACGGGGAGCAAGCCCUAUCGGUGCAAGGAGUGUGGGAAAGCCUUCCACUUCCUCGCUUGUUUUAAGAAGCACAUGAACACUCCCAGUGAAGGGAAACCCUACACCUGUAAGGAAUGCACGAAAGCCUUCCGCUGUUCCUCCCUCUUCAGGGCACACAUGAAGAUCCACACGGGAAAGACUAGCCAUGAGUGCCAGGAAUGUGGCAAAGCCUUCAGCUGCUCCUCCUCCCUCACAGAACACAAAAGAAUUCACAGCGGAGAUAAGCCCUACGAAUGUAAGGAGUGUGGCAAAGCCUUCAGCUGCUCCUCCUCCCUGUCCAAACACAAGAGGAUUCACAGUGGAGACAAGCCGUAUGCGUGUAAGGAAUGUGGGAAAGCCUUCAGCUCUUCCUCUCACCUCAUCAUCCACAUACGGAUUCAUACCGGGGAGAAGCCCUAUGAAUGUAAGGACUGCGGCAAGGCCUUCAGCGAGUCUUCCAAACUCACCGUACAUGUGAGAACACACACGGGAGAGAAGCCCUACAAAUGCCAGGAGUGUGGAAAAGCUUAUAACUGCCCCUCCUCCUUGAGUAUCCACAUGAGGAAACACACUGGAGAGAAACCCUACGAAUGCCUGGAGUGUGGGAAAGCCUUCUAUCUGCCUACCUCCCUUAAUACACACGUGAAAAAUCAAAGCAGAGAGAAGCCUUAUGAGUGUAAGGAGUGUGGCAAGGCCUUCAGCUGUCCCUCCUCCUUCCGAGCACACGUGAAAGAUCACCCUGCAAAGAUCCAGUAUGAAUGCAAGGAGUGUGGGAAGGCCUUCAGCCGCUCCUCAUCCCUCACGGAGCACUUGAGGACUCACAGCGGAGAGAAGCCUUACACGUGUAAGCAGUGUGGCAAGGCCUUCAUCAGCGCCUCCCACCUCACGGUCCACGUCAGGACACACACCGGAGAGAAGCCCUACGCGUGUAAGAAAUGUGGGAAGGCCUUCAUUUACCCCUCGGCCCUGAGGAUCCACAUGAGAACACACACUGGGGAGAAGCCCUACGAGUGUAAGGAGUGCGGGAAAGCCUUUCGCCAUUCUUCCUACCUCACUGUCCACGCAAGAAUGCACACAGGAGAGAAGCCCUUUGAGUGCCUGGAGUGUGGGAAGGCCUUCAGCUGCCCCUCAUCCUUCCGAAGACACAUGAGGAGCCACACUGGAGAGAAGCCGCACGAGUGUCAGGAAUGCGGCAAGGCCUUCGUCUGUCCUGCCUACUUCCGGAGACACCUGAAGACACACGCUCGAGAAAACACCUGAGGCCAAGGCA